AUGUUUCGUAGUGUUGCAAUAGCAAGAAUAGCAAAACGAGCAUUCGAUAGUGCAGCAGAAAGGAGAGAUACAGUUGCGGGAAUUCAAAGCAUCAUUCGAAACAGUUUGACAGAAUUUGAUAAGGGCGUCGAAGAGUACAGAGUUUUUCGUGAAACUCACGAUACACCUGAUUGGGGAGUUGUUCGAAUGAGUAGCAUUGCAAUGGCUCAUCGCCGUUUCGAAGAAGCAGAACUCUUUUUGAAACAACAAAUGGAAGAAUAUGGAGGAGCUGUCAGGCGGCAAGCACGAAAUGUGGAUGUUAGUGAUGAACAAAUAUGUGCAUCAAUCGAACGAGUGCUUCGGAAAGACGAGUCAGGAGAGUCUGCAUUAAAGUUUUUCGAUUUCCUCAAGAAAUACAAAUUCUGUACGACUCGAGAUGUUUUUGUUCGUGUUCUUGUUGAGUUUACUGUCAAAAAACAUGGCUGGAAACAAGGGCUCGAACGCCUUCAAGACUUAAUUAAAGACGACAAACGAGCCAAAAAUAUGAAAAUGAGUAUAUUUUUGAUUCUGGAAGAUGCCUGGAGAGCUAAAGAAUCUGAACACGCAGAAUUUUUGAUUUCAAAAAUAGAAAGCUUGAAGCCGUCAACUCUACGUUCUAUCCAACUUUUCAUCAGAUUCAAUGAGUUAUCACUUAUCGAAGCGGCGGAUUAUUGCAAGAGAAAUUCAAUUUCACUCAGUCACGAAGAAGUCACGUUUUUUGUAGAAAUGGCUGGGAAACUAAAAUAUCCAAUGCCACUUCUACGACUAUUAGAAGUGAAUCAGUUUAUACCGAUUCCCAGAACAAGUUUCUUUUUGAUUUUCGAUGAGCUUAUCAAGUUGGCAGGAAAGUCUGGAAAAGCUGAAAACUUGGAAGAAAUGAUGUGGAAAGUGAAAAAGAACCGAGAUGUUAGCGAAGUGGAGAAGACGAUUUUAUACGGGAAAAUCCGACAUUUUUACAAGUGUUUGAAUGUAAAAGCACCCGAAAAAUUGUAUAUUUUGAUGAGUCUUGAUGAUAAUCAGUGA